AUGCUGCCAGUGAGUUUACACGCGGAUCAGAUGAUCGGUUGUUCUGUGAUUUGGAGACCGUGGGAUCCGUCAAUAAGAGAAACACAAUCCAAUAAAGUGAUGUGUGGAGAUGUGAGUAGGAUCCAGAGGUCUGAAGACACUUUUCAUCAUCCUGUGAGGCUGCUCCUGCCCAGAUCCAGGAUGCAGGAAUAUUUGUCUCAUCUCGGCAGGAAGGUUUUGGCCAGUUUUCCAGUUCAGGCCACGUUACACUUUUACAACGAUGAAGACUCGACCUCUGAUGAAGACUGA